AUGAUACGAUCCAAUAUACGAGUGGAUUUAAUUAAAACUCAUAAAUUAAUAACGAGAUAUAAAAGUUCUAAAAUUGACAAUUUUCAAGAUUUAUCAAAAGUCCCAUUUGAUGAAAUUAAAUUUUCAGAAUUAGAUGAAAAAUGGAAAAAUAUUUGGAAACAACAGUCACUCAAUGAACAAUCACUUCAUCCAACAAAACAUUUGAAUAUUGAUGACGAAAAUUUGAAACGAUUUUAUUCUUUAGUAAUGUUUCCAUAUCCAUCAGGAGUUUUACAUUUGGGUCAUCUUAGAGUUUAUACAAUAAGUGAUGUUAUAGCAAGAUUUAAACGACUAACUGGACAUAAAGUAAUACAUCCAAUGGGCUGGGAUGCUUUUGGUUUACCUGCUGAAAAUGCGGCUGUCGAAAGGAAUAUAUCUCCUUCAAAUUGGACCCUAGUAAAUAUACAAAAAAUGAAACAACAAAUGCAAUACUUUUUAGCUGAUUUCGAUUGGGAUCGUGAAAUAAAUACAAGCUCACCCGAUUAUUAUAAAUGGACUCAAAAAAUAUUUUUGAUGUUAUUUGAAAAGGGGCUUGCUUAUAGAAGUUUAGCAGAAAUUAAUUGGGAUCCUGUCGAUAACACUGUAUUGGCGAAUGAACAAGUAGAUGAAAAUGGACGAUCUUGGAGAAGUGGUGCAAUUGUUGAGAAAAGAAAUUUAAAACAAUGGUUCAUUAAAAUUACAGACUAUGCACAAGAAUUGAAUAAAGGUUUAUCUAGUUUGAAUGAUUGGCCAGAAAAAGUCAAAUUAAUGCAAAAAAAUUGGAUUGGUGAAUCUCAUGGAACUGAAAUCAAUUUUAUCAUAAAAUUACCUAACCAAUGUACACAAAUUAUACCAGUUUUCACUACUCGUGCCGAUACACUUUUUAGUGUUCAAUACCUUGCUUUGUCCCUAAAUCAUCCAAUAGCAAAAGAAUUGUCAAAAUCUGAUUCUAAAUUAAAUGAAUUUAUAACUAACUCCUCAAAAUUAGCUUCUGAUUCAAAAGAAGGUUAUGAACUAAAAAAUGUUAAAGCAUCCAUACCUAUGAAUUACCAAAACGAAUUGCAAACAAAAUUUGAAUUACCUGUUUAUAUUGCACCUUAUGUAAUAGAUGGUUAUGGCUCAGGUGCUGUUAUGGGAUGUCCAGGACAUGAUGAAAGAGAUUAUGAGUUUUGGAAAUUUCAUAAGCCAUCCAAAAAUAUAAUACAGGUGGUCUCUCCGGUAAGUGAUACAAAAAACAAUGUUAUUCCUUAUUGUUCAAAGAAAGGUAUAUUACAGGAUAAUACAGUUUUAUCGAAUGGACUUGCUUAUAUCGGGCAAUAUAAAAAUAAAUCUGUUGAGGAAGCAAUCGAAUUAAUUUCAGAGAAUUUAAGUAAAUUAUCAGUAGGAAAAAAAACUACUCAAUAUAAAAUUAGAGAUUGGUUGAUAAGUAGACAAAGAUAUUGGGGUGCUCCAAUUCCUAUAGUUCAUUGUGAUGCAUGCGGUACAGUUCCAGUUCCAGAGAAAGAUUUGCCAGUUCUUCUUCCUUCUAUUGAAGGUCAUAAAUUUUCAAAAGGGAAUCCGUUGGAAUCAUUGAAAGAGUUUUAUGAAUGUAAAUGUCCAAAAUGUGGUAGUGAUGCAAAAAGAGAGACAGAUACAAUGGACACAUUUAUGGAUUCAUCUUGGUAUUUCUUUCGAUACUUGGAUCCUCAUAAUGAUCAUUCGUUGAUUGGAAAAGAUGAAAGUCGAAAUUUACCAGUUGAUUUAUAUGUGGGAGGAAUAGAGCAUGCUAUAUUGCAUCUUUUAUACUUGAGAUUCAUUUCAAAGUUUUUAAGCGAUUGCCAUAUAUGGGAUGGUGAAUUGUACAAUAAAGAGCCUAUUAAAAAACUUGUUACUCAAGGUAUGGUUCAUGGCAAGACAUUUAGUGAUCCAGAAUCCGGAAGAUAUUUAAGACCUAACGAAUUAGAUUUAACUGAUAAUGAAAAACCGAAAAUUGUAGGAUCUAGUAUGGAACCCGUUAUAACAUAUGAGAAGAUGUCUAAAUCUAAAUAUAACGGUGCUGACCCAAACGAAUGUAUAAAAAAAUAUGGUGCAGAUGCAACUCGAGCCCUUAUGUUGUUUCUGGCUCCUGUGUCAGAUACCUUGAAUUGGAAUGAGGAGCAAAUAAUUGGGGUUGAUAGAUGGUUAAGAAAAGUCAUUCGUUUAUCUGAUACCAUCCAAAAUUUACCUUUAAAAACAUCUCAUCAUGAUCAAAGCGGCCAAGUAUUGAAAGAUAUCAAAUUGCAAGGUAAAACUUAUGACUCAAUUAUAUUUAGUUCUGAGGAGUUGAAAUUAUACAAUCAAAUUCAAAAAUUUGCACAAAAUAUUUAUCAAUCAAUUGAUUCUACUUUGUCUUUGAAUACUGUUAUUUCAGAUUUGAUGAAGAUGACUAACUUACUAUUUGAAGCUUCUAAAGUAUCUCAUUUAUACACGAGACCAUUGCUAAUGGACUCUAUAUCAAAAUUAUUGAUUUGUAUGUCACCAAUAGCACCAUCAACUUCAGAAGAGUGCUGGAGCCGAUUGGGUUUCCAAAAAUCAAUUUACUUUGAGCUGUUUCCAAAUGAAAAACCUAUAGAUUCCGAAUAUCAAUCAUUCAACAUUUUUGUUAACGGUAAAUUCAAAACUAAAUUCGAAUCUAAAAAAAGUUUAAUCAACCAAGAUGAAAACAAGAUUUUGAAAGAGUUAUUAAAGAAGUCAGAUUUGGCCGAUUUAUUACAGAACAAGCCGAUCAAAAAAGUGAUUAAAAAAGCUACUAUGAUUGGUAUUGUUCUAUAA